AGUGAGACAACAAAACAAACACUUAUCUGUUGAAUCUCACAUAGAGAGAGAAGAAGAAGAAGAAGAAGAAGAAGAAAACAUGAACAACCAGAAUGUAGAUGAUCAUAAUCUUCUACUCAUUUCUCAGUUGUACCCUGAUGUCUAUACUCCAUUGGUACCACAACAAGCAGGAGAAGCAAAACAAGCACGGCGGAGGAAAAGGAAGAGCAAGAGUGUUGCGGUGGCGGAAGAAGGAGGCAAUGGAUGGUUUAGAAAGAGAAAACUGAGUGAUGAGCAAGUAAGAAUGUUGGAGAUUAGCUUUGAAGACGAUCAUAAGCUUGAAUCUGAGAGGAAAGAUCGGCUUGCUUUGGAGCUAGGGCUUGACCCUCGUCAAGUCGCCGUCUGGUUCCAAAACCGCCGUGCACGGUGGAAGAACAAGCGCGUUGAGGAUGAAUACACUAAACUCAAGAACGCAUACGAAAACGUCGUCGUUGACAAGUGUCGUCUUGAUUCUGAGGUUCUUCAACUAAAGGAACAACUCAAUGAGGCUGAAAGAGAGAUCCAAAGGCUUGCACAAAGAGUUGAAGGGACUUUAAGCAACAGUCCGAUCUCAUCUUCUGUGACCGUUGAAGCCAAUCAUGCCACACCGUUCUUUGGAGAUUACGAUAUUGGUGUGGACGGCGACGGUGAUAACUUGAUCUACUCGUCGGAUUAUAUUGAUGGCUUAGAAUGGAUGAGCCAAUUUAUGUGAAAAUAUCAUUAGCUAGCUAAUCUAUUAUUUAUUGUGUUAUAAAAAUUCUAUAUAUAUAGCUAGCUAGGGGUUAAUUGUGGUAAUGACUAGAUAUAGAAAUAUAAUUGGUCCAUAUCUACAAUGAAGCAUAAUGUAUAUAAACUUAUGGGUCUAAUUCGCUAGUGUGACAUUGUGGAUAUAUAUAUAUAUAUCUAUCUCGUAGCAUCGAUUGUUUAGGUUGAUAGAUGUUAAGUUUGGACAAAAACGAAUGUGUGUAUAUAUCUGUCAAUUAUAUAAGUAAAAGUGUUGAUCUUAUUAUA